AUGUCUUUUUUACACACUCAUUCAUGCGAAUGUCUCAAAUCGGAAUUGGAAUUAUUCACUGUUCCACCAACGCAAGCCACAAUCGAAAGUUCACAAUGGAUACACUACAAGCCAAUAUCAUCGUUAACUGAUGAUUCACCUAUAGAAUUUGUAGUACCCGGACUAGGAGAGGAAUACAUCGAUCUACCGCAUACAAUGUUAAGCAUCAGUGUCCAAAUAAGGCCAACGAUUCAUAAAGAGCCUUCAAAAGAUGGAGAUACCACUGAUUAUGUCGGGCCUGUGAAUAAUUUUAUGCAUUCAUUAUUCAAUCAGGUAGAUGUAUUUUUCAAUCAAAAACUUAUAUCACCACCGAAUAAUGCUUACGCUUAUAGAGCUUACAUAGAGACAUUACUUAAUUAUGGUCCUGCUGCUAAAAACUCUCAUUUAACAAGCGUAUUGUGA